AUGCGGAACCGCUGUAAAUCGGAAAUCCGCCAAUGGAACAUACGAAAACAUGCCACCAUUCUGGACCUCGCUCGAAAAAACAAAAACGUACUGUUCAAGUACAUGAGACAUCGCCGCAGAAACAAGCCAUCCGCACCGCUCCUGGAGUACGCCAACCAAGUUGUCUACUCAGGACGCACGAAAGACGUCGCCCUCAUUGAGCGUGUCCAGCGAGCCGCUACGAGAAUGGUUGCCGGCCUCAAAUCCGUGAACUACGAAACGCGUCUUGCGAUGCUUGAUCUCUUUCUUCUGGAGUACCGUCGCCUCCGAGGGGACGUAAUUCUUACUCAUGCCCUGUUUGAACAAAGGUUGGCAGACGGGUUUUUCACCGCUGACCUAGCAAACACCCGGCGGGGACAUAGUAAAAAGAUUUUCAAGCUCAGAGCACCACAUUCGGGUAGAUCCGCUCAACCAAACCCAUCGUACGGUGGUUUGGACCCACCGAUCAUUUUGAUACAGCGCCAACUAUAUCUGAGCCACAAAGAUUUAAUUGCAAUUCUCCCGAGGAAACUCAGCGUGUUUUUGAACGGAACUUGUUACCGGGCCUCCUACACCAUCCACAGACUUCCAGCAGGUGCCGAAUUCAUGUGUGAAGUCAAAAGUGGCGCUUUGACGAACGCAUCAGUACUCCAGACCAAUUUUAUCGUAUUCGAAAGUUUUAAGGUUAGUGAAGAUCCACACCCGAUUUCCGAACGUCGCCGGCCUAGGUUUGAAGCCUUAGCCAUGGACGACAUUGCAGAUCUAAUCCUCCAGAUGCUGGAUCACAAUGUCACCGAACCCACUGAACCCACGAAGCCCACUUUCACUUCGACCGAAUCUCCGAGCAUUUCUUCCAAUCCACACCCGAUUUCCGAAUGUCGCCGGCCUAGGUUUGAAGCCUUAGCCGUGUACGACAUUGCAGAUCUAAUCCUCCAGGUACUGGAUCACAAUGCCACCGAACCCACUGAACCCACCAAGCCUACUUUCACUUCGACCGAAUCUCCGAACAUUUCUUCCAGUCUCCACCCUCCUGUCCUGAACUUUGCUUCCCUCCGACCAGCUGAGAUCCCAGAUCUCCAUUUUUUUCUACUGAGCCCUACUGCCUGUUUGCGCGGGAAUCUAACACUUCACUGUCAGCUACCGGGCUUGGCUUCAGAGCUUGAAGUCUGGUAUUUAGGUCCAAAAUUAGAAGAUCAUUCCAAUCGAUCAUCGUACUGCCUGCUCGAUGGAUGCUUUGAUGUGGAUCCAGUGUUCAUUCGAAGGUCUGGUUCAACACUGUUCAAACUGCGAAGCGAUUCCGGCAGAAUACGGGAAAUGGUCCACUUUGAUGAGACUCCUGUGUCGAUCACCCUUGCUGAUCUGGGCACACAACAUUCCGGCACUUAUCUUUGUAAAUACAUUAAUCACUACAAACUUGUGCAUGUGGAAGUGAAGGAAUGUGACGACCAGGCCAUCAAAUUCAACUUCCGACAAUUGGUCGUACUGCUCAUUUGCUUCGCAGCCUUCUUUAUCCUUCUUAUCGUCUUUGCCGUUUGGAUUCGUUCUCGCCGAAAGCCUGUAGUUGUGGAGCUGAUAUCCAGGACAUAUCGGGCCAAAGGUUUCACAAACAAACCCACUCGGAAGCUCAACCUCAUGUGCCAUUUCCAUGACCUCUAUCCACCGGAUACAGCACUGCAGACGGCUCUUGGUAAUAUCGAUGCAUACAAUAAACGAUGCGACUCUGUCCACACCGCCGCUUCUUCUGCAGUGUCAAACGAACGGUACAGACAUCGAAAGCGGAUUUUUAAGAAACCGACAGUAUCCGCAAUGUAUCGCCUAUCAGCAUCAUUCUCUCAUUGUGCUGCGUGGGAGGUUGAUGCUUCUUGUGUCUUGAUUGAACACCUAAUAGCGCAGGGUAACUUCAGCUCAGUUUAUCAUGCAACCGUCCACGGUCCGUUACCGUCGCAUGUCGGACAGAAUAUUUCGGACGCUUCAACACAUGUUGCAGUCAAGACAGUCCGUGCUGCCUACAAUGUCGAAGACUUGAUCAGUCUGUUUCGGGAGAUCCAAAUUAUGGUGCUCCUGAAUGCUCAUCCUCAUAUCAUUCGGUUAAUGGGGAUUUGUACGCAAAACGGCUGCCCUCGUAUUCUGUUGGAAUACGCGGUCCAUGGGAACAUGCGGGAUUUCCUGCGCCAAAAUCGACCUUCGGAUUCCGUUUCAGUCGAUGAUGUGGAACUUCCCAGCAUUAAUUCUUCCCUGGACCUAAUGUCAACCCCCGAUCUGGUCAAACUGAAUCCUCAGGCCCUUCUGCGUUUCGGGUGUCACGUGGCAGAUGCGCUCACUUAUUUAGAAUCCCUUAAACUUGUGCAUCGGGACAUCGCUGCUCGCAAUGUGCUGGUUACGGAAGGCUACGUAGCCAAGUUAUGCGACUUUGGACUUAGUUGCCCCCUCGUCGAUGGCUGCUACGUGGAUGAGUUCCGAGAGCGGCUGCCUUUUCGUUGGAUGGCUCCUGAGAGUUUACACGAUAACCGGUUUUCCCUAAAAAGCGAUGUUUGGUCAUUUGGAAUCUACCUUUGGGAGUUAUUCAGCCUGGGUUACACUCCGUACCCCGGUUUGUCCUGUGCUGAUAUUGAUCCGUGGUUAGCGGCUGGUUAUCGGAAUGCUCAACCUUCUAUGGCCUCCGCUGAGGUCUAUCGGAUUAUGCUGGACUGUUGGCACACUGAACCAUCCCUGCGACCUUCUGCAAAAUCGCUUUUGGAUGACCUUAAGCUUUUAGUUUCAAGCACUCUCCGCUCUUCGUCAAGAGACAGUGGGCUUACAAGCGGUUAUAGGUCUAGACAAACAAGCGGAACUAAUCCUUCUACAAGUUCUUCAGUGCCCCGUCCUCGACCAGUUCCCCCAGUGCGGACCGUCUCGCUCCCGGGGUACACCAACCUACCCGAGGGAUACGUGGAAAUGUCCCUGGAAGGUUAUUUGGAGCCACGGAAUGAAUUGCGCAGUGCAGACCUCGUCGCCGCGUAGUACAUACAACAGCACCACCUCCAUUGCAUCCAACCCCCUCUCCCCUCAACGAAAUUGUCAAUAAAAGAUACCGAGAUUUUUAUACAUAUAUACAUAUACAUAUAUCUACAUAUACAUAUUACAUAUACAUAUUACAUACACUACAUAUUACGUCUUUGUAUACAUGUGCAUCUAUACAUAUAUCCACAUACAUUUUUG